AUGGCCAUCGACAUGAAUGUUCAAGAGCUGCUGGUUAUUGGAGACUCAGACUUACUAAUUCAUCAAGUUCAAGGAAAAUGGGCCGUAAAGAAUCUAAAGAUCACACCGUAUGUGCAGUAUAUACAGAAGUUGUGCAAAAGGUUCCGCAAGAUUGAGUUCAAACACACUCCCAGGACACAAAACGAGUUGGUCGAUGCUCUCGCCACCAUUGCCUCGAUGAUUAAACAUCUAGAUACAAGUUAUAUUGAUCCCUUGGAUAUAGAGGUAAAAGAUCAGCAUGUCCAUUGUUCACAUGUUGAAGCAGAACCAGAUGGUUUGCCUUGGUAUUUUGACAUCAAGAAGUAUUUAGAAACCGGGACUUAUCUUGAAAAUGCAACGUUCAACCAAAAGAAGUCGAUACGCCGUAUGACCCUCAAUUUCUUUGCAAAUACAUGCCGGAGUUUGUGGUACUCACAUGAAUGGGCUCACUUUGGCGAGGAAGAUCCUUCGAGCCAGCUAUUUUUGGAUGACUAUUGA